AUGUCUUUCCUCCCCCGCCUCCACCUCUUCGAGAUCGCCGACCAGCCAUGGUGUCCCCACAAGGCGAUCGAAUAUGCCCAGCUAUGCCUAACCCACUGCUGGAAUUUGCGCCUACCGCCAGUCGCUAAGGUCUCUUCAGCCGUGGUUGCCUGCGAAGUCCUUGCAGAUAACUUCCCCGACCUCUCGUCCUUCACGUUUGUCGAUCUGGGCUCGGGCGCCGGUGGCCCAUCCGCCACCUUUGAGAGACUUCUCAACGCCCGCCUGCGGGCUCAGCACCUCCCUCCAGCCCAGUUCCUGCUGACCGACCUCAAUCCUCACCCUCGCGAAUGGGCUGCUCUCACCAAACAGCAAAAAAGUAUCUCAUACAUCUCUGAACCAGUCGAUGCGUCAAAAUGUGGUCGAUUGGUCCCACAAAACCGGAAGGAAUGCCGAAUGUUCAACGUAGCUUUCCAUCAUUUCGACGACCCGCUUGCUGUACCCAUGUUGCGGAGUGCGAUUGAGUCGGCUGAUGCAUUCAUUAUUUUCGAACUCACCGCACGCGAUCUCAGCUCGAUGCUAAUAUUACCAGGCCUGAUACUGAUCGCAUGUCAAUACACCCUGCUGCGAUUCUGGCGGUCGCCCUUACAUUUGAUUUUCACAUUUGUGUUGCCUUUGGCACCUCUGCUGAUGGUUUUUGAUGGCUUUGUGUCUAUCAUGCGCUGUCGGACUUCGGAUGAACUCCACGAUCUGGUCAGACGGACGGAUGCACCUGGUUUGGAGAACUGGGAGUUUCGGUCGGGGAAGUCGCCGGUUAUGUAUCCGACUACGAAUGUGCAUUGGUUUAUGGGGGUGAAGAAGACGGCGAAGUAA